AAGACAAGGGUUAGAAGAGGGAAUAAUCUUAGGAGGCCAUGAUGCCUCGAUUGAACAAUUAUAUCUGAUAAAAAAGAAGCAUAACAACAUACCUAUGUUGUCUUGGAGCUGUUGGAUGGGAAUGGCAUGCAGGGAUGAAAGCUGCAGAUGCUAUACUGUGAUGGCUUGGAUGCUUCUUUUUUACGCUGCACAACCCCGCGCGCCCCUUCUAUUAUUGAUUUUGGAACCUCCCCGACUUUUUCUUCUUGGUAUGUUUCAAACCUCGAAAUCUGAAAGGCAUGCAGAUUGAAGAUAUGUAUGAUAUAUCCAUUUGCUUUGGGCAUAACGAAGAUUUCACUAUUGAAGUAAAGGUCAUUUCCUGGCUUGCUUGUUGCUCUCAUGCCACCCUUGAUAUUUAAUUUGACAAUGUGAAGACAACCAAAAGCUGCCAUUGAACCUUCCGCUUCAUCCCCGUAUACUCUAUGAUCUUCUGUAUGUAAUGCAUCAUUUUCAACAAACACAAGGAAACAAAAGAAUCAGGAGCUGCAGUAAGCAAAGAUAUUUAGACCCAUUUGUAGUUUUCACUGAUGUUCUCACUUCAAGGCUAGUAGUAAUGAUCACCAAGGUUCCACUUGAUCAUGGCCAUCAGUAUAUACUGUAUGGUAGGAGCUCUUUGUUGAUUUGUUUUGAUGGAGGCCCAUCACUAUUUUCCUGAGAAAUUUACAAAUUCGAACUCUAUAGGCCACCCACUGAGGGUUGGUGGAUGGUUGUUACUGACUCCCAACUCAGACGUUGAAGGAUCCAUAGUCAGUUCAAGGCUAUUUGCUCUGUAUAUUUGUAGCAGUGUUUUGUACUUGUUGUGUAUCGUCCUCCAAAAUGAUAGGGAAGAAGGUCAUGUCUCUUCUACAAAACGCAACUAAACUCAAUCAAAUCAUCCAAAUCCAUGCUUUAAUCAUCAAGACCUCAUUGGAUGGCAACAAUUUUGUGCUUGCCAAGCUUUUGCGUAGGCUGUUUGCGUGUUCUUCGGCUAAUGAUUUACCUUAUGCCCGCUCUGUUUUUGAUGAGAUUCCAUCACCGGAUACCUUCAUUUGGAACACCAUGAUCCGGGCUUACUUGAAUUCCCAAAACCCCCAAGAAUCCAUGUCCCUUUUCUUUCAAAUGCGGCUUCAAGAAUGCAUUCCCAUUGAUAGUUACAGCCUUUCACUAGUUAUUCAGGCAUGUGGACGAUUGAAAGAUCUCGGAAAUGGGCAAAAAUUACAUACCCAGGUGCUGAAAAUUGGGCUUGGAUCUGAUUUAUUUGUGGAGACUGCUCUUAUUGAAAUGUAUGCGAAGUUCGGUGAUAUUGAAAUUGCCAGGAAGAUUUUGGAUGAAAUGGCUCACCCAGAUUUAGUUCCGUAUAAUGUUUUGUUAGCCGAGUACGUUCGGGUUGGGGAGAUUAACUUAGCACAUGACUUGUUUGAUAGGAUGCCUGAGAGGGACUUGGUUUCUUGGAAUACCAUGAUUCAUGGGCACGCCUCUCUUGGUGAUGUGGGGACAGCCAAGAAGUUAUUUGAUAGAACUUGUGAAAGAGACCUGAUUUCUUGGAGUUCCAUGAUUGCAGCCUAUGCAAAAACCAGGCAGUCUAAUGAGGCCUUGAGGCUAUUUCAUGAGAUGCAAUUGGCCAAUGUAUUGCCUGAUAAGGUCACCAUGGUCAGCGUGUUGUCUGCCUGUGGAGAUGUGGGUGCCUUGGGCAUGGGAAAGAUGAUCCAUGAGUGCAUAGAGAGAAACAGAAUUGAAAUAGAUCUCAAGCUUGGGACUUCUCUUGUAGACAUGUAUGCAAAGUGUGGGGACAUAGACAAUUCACUGAGAGUCUUCAAUGGGAUGAAUAAUAGGGAUGUAUUUUCUUGGAGUGCUAUGAUCAUGGGACUUGCUAACCACGGGUUCGGAGAGCUUGCCCUUGAUCAUUUCUCCAAGAUGAUAUCUGAAGAUAUCAAGCCUAAUGAUGUCACGUUUAUAGGUGUGUUAAGUGCUUGUAGUCACAUUGGUCUGGUGGACGAGGGGUGGACAUAUUUCACAUCAAUGAGUAAAGUUUAUGGUGUUAGUCCUAAAAUUGAACACUACGGAUGUGUGGUUGAUAUUUUGGGCCGAGCAGGGCGGCUUCAAGAGGCCAAGGAACUCAUUAGAAGUAUGCCCUUUGCGCCUGAUGCCGUUGUCUGGAGGACCCUCCUUGGAGCCUGUAGAAUCUACAAGAAUGUUGAGAUUGCAGAAGAAGCUACAGUGAAUCUUCUAGAACUGGAGCCUCAUGUAGAUGGGAAUUAUGUGCUGCUGUCAAACAUAUAUUCCCAAGCCAAGGAGUGGGACAAGGUCGUGAAUGUCCGCCGGAUGAUGAAAAACAUAAACAUUCAGAAGGUCCCAGGAAGCAGUUCAAUUGAAGUGGACAAUGCAGUUCAUGAAUUUGUUGCGGGUGAUAAGUCACACCCAGAAUCCGAUAAGAUCUUGAGGAUGUUGAGUGAGAUCACUGCUAGGUUAAAAGCUAAUGGAUAUGCACCAUUGACAGCCUCUGUUUUACAAGAUUUUGAUGAGAAAGAGAAAGAAAACGCAUUAGCCCAUCACAGUGAGAAGUUAGCAAUUGCUUUCGGGCUUCUGAGCACAGCUCCAGGUUCCACCAUUAGAAUUGUAAAGAACCUCCGAGUUUGCGAUGACUGUCAUAUUGCCAUCAAGCUUAUUUCAAGAACGUACAAGAGGAGGAUCAUUGUGAGGGACCGGAAUAGGUUUCAUCAUUUUGUUAAUGGUUCAUGCUCUUGCAAGGACUACUGGUGAAAGAAUCAAGCAGAAACCACCGGGGGGAAUUGACUGGGAAAUGUGGUUCUAGGUCUUAGGCAUCCAUCCACAGCCACUUACUGAUCAUUAGCUAGGCUCAGAGAAUGUGAAGUGGAACACUAAUCAUCUAUACAGCCACAGGAUGAUUCUGAAGGGGUUUUUACUUUUUUAAACCAACCUCUCUAUUAUUGAAAGCAGCUUAGCCAUCUUCACUGAAACAGGAUGAAGUAUUUACUUACUGGUUUUUUGUGGUUGGUUGAUAUGAUAUGAUAUGAUUGUGCCAAGGUCUGUUUACCAUACAGAAAUUCACUUUUUCAAGAUCUAUAAAAAAUGCACCAUUAAUCAAGUAUUUUAUCGAAUCUUUAUACCUUAAUUUUA